AUGGUUAGGUGUUUAGAGGGGGGGGGGAAGACCUCCCGCCAGGAAGAGCAGCAAACGGGCAGCCUGGCAGCAGCAGCAGCAGCAGCAGCAGCAGCAGCAGCAGCAGCAGAAGAGGAGGAGGAGGAGGAGGGGGAGAUGCAGCGGCAGAAGCAGCAGCAGAAAAAAACACAAAAAAAAAAGAAAAAAAACGUCAAAUUGCAGCAGCAACAGCAGCAGCAACAGCAGCAGCAAUAG